AUUAUUUCCUUCAAUAGCCUAUAUAAACACAUGCUCAUCUCUCCUCCCCUCUCUCUGUUCGUUCUUCUUCAAAAUUAUUCUCUAGUUCCCUCUCCUUUAAGUCCCAAUGGAAGAAGCGCAAGUUAUUGAGACCAAGGAUGGAACCAUCUCUGUAGCUUCUGCAUUUCCCGGCCACCAUGAAGCUGUUCAGGACAGAGAUCACAAGUUCUUAUCAAAAGCCAUUGAUGAAGCAUAUAGUGGAGUUGAUUGCAGUGAUGGAGGCCCUUUUGGGGCAGUGAUAGUUCGUAACGAUGAAGUUGUUGUGAGCUGUCAUAAUAUGGUUUUGAAGAACAUGGAUCCUACUGCUCAUGCUGAGGUGACCGCAAUUAGGGAGGCUUGUAAGAAACUAGGACAACUGGAGCUUUCUGAUUGUGAAAUUUAUGCUUCCUGUGAGCCAUGUCCAAUGUGUUUUGGUGCAAUUCAUCUUUCUCGAAUUAAGAGGCUGGUAUAUGGAGCAAAGGCAGAAGCAGCAAUAGCUAUUGGUUUCGAUGAUUUUAUAGCUGAUGCGCUGAGAGGCACAGGAUAUUACCAGAAAGCUCAGAUGGAGAUUAAACGAGCUGAUGGCAACGGGGCCAUCAUCGCUGAACAAGUCUUUGAAAAUACCAAGGAGAAGUUUAGGAUGUACUGACAGAGGCUCCCACUGCUGGCAUGAAAAGAAAAAAAGUACCUGAAAUUCAAUGUUCUGAUGAUGAUGAAAGGAUUGAGAACAACUCUAAAUAAACAUUCGAUCUGUUGAUAUUUCUGAUUCUCUCUGAUUAUUGUCUUACUUUUAAGGGAAAUCAAUUUCUUUGAGGUAUAUUCAUGGAUUC